UUUUAAUUCUCCCCUUAUAUUUCUGUCCCUCUCCAUACAAUUCCCUUUUAACCUUAAACAACACCAACAACAAUGUCUCUGACACCCAAAUCUUCCCCCACUUUUCUUCUUCUUAUUAUCAUUAUUUUAACCACCACUGCCGCCGCCUCCGCCUCCGCCGCCGCAUACUCCUCCAUACAACAGCUUCUCAAAAGCCAAGGCUUACCGGGCGGACUGUUUCCAAACAAUGUCAAGUCCUACAAUCUUGACCACACUGGCCGGCUAGAAGUUCACCUCCAUGGUCCAUGUCUGGCUAAGUUCGAGACCAGAGUCUACUUUGACAGUGUGGUUCGAGCUAACCUUAGCUACGGUGGUCUAGUUGGACUCGAAGGACUGUCUCAAGAAGAGCUUUUUCUUUGGUUUCCGGUUAAAGGAAUCCUGGUUAACGAUGCUUCUUCCGGUUUGGUUCUGUUCGAUAUUGGUCUCGCUCAAAAACAGCUUUCGAGAUCUUUGUUUGAAGAUCCGCCCGUUUGUAAACCUCAAGGAGCGGAGAAUCUUGGGAGGAAAUUAGGGUUUGCUGCAAUGAGAUGAAAGACAAAAGCUACAGUUGAAAGAGAAUUUUCCAAUCUGCUUUUUGGGGUUUUUCUUUAUCUUUUUGUGAUUGUUUUGUUUCUCUUUAAUUUGAAUUUUGAUGUGGAAAUAGUAUAAAAUAUAUGGAGUAGAGUGGAUAGAUUCUAUAGAAGUUGGUUGUAAAAAGAAACAUGGAAAAACUCAGGGGGUUCAAAGUUGUGGUACCAAAUGGUAAUCUUUUUUGGAUGAGUUUUUAACUGACGAGUGACGAUAGAUACUUUAACUUAA